AUGGGAAGCCGCCCCACCCCUGGACUCCAGAGAACUACAUCAGCUGGGUACCCACUGCCUUCAACCAGGCCUCCAGCCUCAGUCCCGUCCACUGCCCCAGGAGGCCCUGUGGUGGGCAGGGGUCCCGCAGAUGGCCCCCAGGCCCCGAAGGCCAAGCGGUCAACCCUGGGGGCUGAUGGUGUGCAGCGGGACCAGCUGUGGAGGGAGCUGCUGGAGGCCGAGAGGAGGAGCCAGCAGCGCUGGGCUCAGAACUGGAGUUUCCUGAAAGACUAUGACCCCAUGGGUAACAAGAAGGAGCCGGUGAAGCUGCCGGACUAUGUGCCUCGCUUCUCUGACACGGUCCCCAAUUCAACGAACCGGGCCGUGGGCAGCCGGGUGGACACGCCUCUGGGGAAAACCCUCAUCGGCCUUGACUUCUUCUUCGUGGAAGGAGCCCGGAAGAAGAAGCUGGAAGAGGAGCUGCAGCCCAUCUAG